UGUGCGCCUGCAUAGGCGGUCGAACGAAACGAUAAAUAAAUAGGCUUAACAUUGCAGAAGUAUUGUUUUUCAUCCAAAAAUACAGUCCACAUAAUACGACGAAACAUUGGUCCUAAGAGUCGCCGGUGAAACGGAUGAAAAUUUGAAAGUAAAAUUAAAUGCAACAAAGCUAUUCAAGAAAAACUGAAUCAUGUUCAAUAAAGGAAAUUUUCGCUAGGAUAGAGACAUUUACCUCGGAGAAGACAGUGUCAAAGGAUAUGAUUGAAAUGGAAAUAAAGCUUCAUGAAAUGGAACAACUUCAGAUCAAACUGGAUAAAUAACGGAGGAAUAUUAUGAAAUUGCAACUUCCGGAAAUUUAGAAAUUAUCCAGCUUCGCAUUGAGGUAAAUUUCCUAUCGGAAUGUGAAAAGCAGUUUCCCGAAUGAAAUGCUAGGAAGCGGAAAAAGUCAGUAGCAUGUCAAUAAGGAAUUCAGCAACCACCUGCUUUAUACCUGGACAGCAGCCGAGCCCUCGCCAAAUGUGGCAGUCGCAUUUCACGUACGAUACGUAGAUUGCAAGUGCAGUAGAACAGCGAUUCUGAAUGGCGGCGUCAUCAACUAUACCAGAAAGUCGGUUUUACAGUUCCCCUAUGAAGCUAUUCGUAGUUGCAUUACUGUCCAGUUUGAAGAAUCUUGACAACAGUACAAGUAAACUUGUCUUCAGGCCUUUAAUGCACCAGCCCCGAAUUUACGCAGGGGCACCUGCGGGAGUUCACGUCACUACAGUGCAUGCUUAUGAUCCCGACAGGCCGAGGAAAAAAGUGGAAUACAACUUACCCAAUGUGCUCGACUAUAAGCAUUUCAUAGUGGAUAAAAUGUCUGGAAAUCUAUCAACGGCAACGAUGAUCAAUAAAACUGUUGGAGAAUCUUAUCAGGUAAUGGUGGCGGCGGUGAGCUACGGUUCAUCAGAGCUGGAGCACUUGCAAAUAGCUGUAACUGAAUUUAAUCAGUUCGCACCUCGGUUUGAACAACGAAACUAUACUCUAGAACUACAUCCAGAGACUAAUGUGGAUACUGUGGUUCUCACUGUCAAAGCGUCAGAUCCAGAUCCAGAGCCACACAAUGCAGAAAUAUAUUAUAUAUUGGAUCAAAACACGACCAGCCAAUAUUUUACAUUGAAUUCUCUGACAGGGGAAUUAACUCUUAGUCAGCCUAUCAAUGAAAGUGAAUCUUUGCAAAAUUUUGGUAUAUUUGCUGAAGAUGGUGGAUCGCCUAAGAGAUGGGAUUAUGUCUCAGUGUUUGUUGCCGUGAAAACUUUAUCAGUCCCUCAAAAUGUAACGGUGGUCAGCAUUACCCAGGACAGUGCUAUCAUUUGCUGGGAGUCUCCUAAAUAUGGAGAUAUACUUGGUUAUGUAUUAAAAUAUUAUCCUGUUAAUAGCGAUACUCAUUUUGUUGUGAAUGUAACUAUUAGCGACAGAUCAAGUAUAUGUGAAACUUUAGAAAAUUUGACUGAUGAUACCGUUUACAAAUUCUUGAUUUAUGGUUGGAAUACUGAAGAACAAGGCCAAAAGACAGAGCUACUGGAAUUCCGAACAUCAGAAAAUUGGUGCAAUAAGGUGACUUGUGAACCAGGAGUCUGCAUUUCGCUCCAGUCCGAACCCUGGUACGAGUGCGAUUGUCCUGUAGGUUUCUACGGCACAUCAUGUGAGUACUUUGAUCCUUGUUCCCAUAAUCCUUGUAGCAACAAUGGAAAAUGUCUCAAUACCACUCACAAUGAAUAUGUGUGCAUUUGUGCCGAAGACUACAGUGGUCCAAACUGCGGAUCUUACAAUCCUUGUUUGCAUAGAAGAAAUCCUUGUGAAAAUGGCGCAACUUGUGAAAUGACAACAAACAACACGUACAUUUGUAUAUGCGCAGAAGGAUUCUAUGGCAGAAAGUGCAAAUAUCGAGACCUUUGCUUCUCUGAUCCAUGCUCGAAUGGUGGAACAUGCAACAUCAUAAAUGAAACAACAUUUAUGUGUUCUUGCCCCACUGGAUUUACAGGUGCAUUUUGCGAAACCGAUACUGACGAAUGUGAAUCGAAUCCUUGUUUAAAUUCUUCUACUUGCGUCAACCAGAAAGGAAAUUUUUCCUGUCUUUGCCCUGAUGGCUUUACUGGACAUCUGUGUGAGAAAUCUGUACAAUGCUCUGCUGACAGAACAGAUACUGAGAAAGGGAUGUUUUACUGGAAUGCUACGAAUCAUAGCACUGAAGUGACUGUACCUUGUCCAUUUGGAUCUGCUAAUUCUUUACCAGAAGCUUCUGCUUUCAGGUCAUGUAUUCUUACCAAUGUGUCGGCAAUUUGGGGACCGGUGAAUGCCUCUGAAUGUAAAGGAAAGGGUAUAAUAGUUGCAGAUGAAUUAGCUGAUGAACUCUAUACCAUAACGAAAAACCCAGAUUCUUUGAAUCGAGAAACCUUAGAAGCUGCAGCUCAAGGUAUUGAGACUAUUUCGAAUUUCGCAGUUCAAGAUGAAAAGAUAGCAGAAGGAAUGCUGAAUGUUAUCAGCAAUAUAUUGGAUUUUAAUGAUAACAUUGUAGAACAAGAUGAAAAUUAUACCUUUUCAGAACUUACUAAGAAUUUGUUGCAGAUAGUAGAUGAUUAUGCUUCAAAUGCUGUCCUUAAGACAGGUGAAUCACUUAGUGUUAUAACACCAAAUGUUCGUGUUCAGGCUAUGGACUGGAGUCCAACUAUUGAAAAUGAAACUGAAACUGACAUUCCACAUCUUAAGUUCACAGUACCUAAAGAUCAAGAAUAUCAGCCUGUGAUCACCACACCAGAGACGACGGUAACUUCAAGUCGUCCUCCAGAAAGACAAAAAGUACCGAUGGUGAAAGUUUUUGUGCCAAAAGAAGCUCUUCAAGAAGCCCAUCGCCAAUUAGAAGGAAAUGUUAGAGUAAAAUUUGUGGUGUAUUACAACGAUAAGCUUUUUCAAUCGAAGAAACUCAAUCUACCUGAUAACGAUUUGAAUCAACAGCAGCAAGACAGUACUUCGACCUUUUACAAGUUAAAGAAAAACAAAGAAGAACCAGAAUAUAAGGCACCAGUCCUGCAGAUUAGUGUUGGAAAUGUGACGUUGAAGAAUCUGAACAAACCUCUUAUAUAUAUCCUCCCACUGAAGACGAAAAGAGACGUUUUAUGUGUCUACUGGAAUGAAAAAGAUUGGAGAUGGUCAGCUGAAGGUCUCACUACGAACCACACCAAGAACUAUGUUAUAUGCCAAUCCACACAUAUGACAGCCUUUUCUGUUCUUCUUGACGUGACUCCAAGAUCUCCUAAGAACAAGUCUCAUGAAUCAAUUAUGUCUAUUAUAUCUUAUAUAGGAUGUGUUUUAUCUAUAAUAGGAUUGAGCCUAACAAUAAUAACCUAUGUACUGUUUGGGUGUCUUAAUCGUGAUCACCCAGGGAAAAUUUUAGCCAACUUAUGCCUUUCUCUUCUUCUUAUGAAUGUUACAUUCUUGCUCGAAGCGCUGAACCCUGAGAUUGGUGGGAAAACAUGCGCAGCGGUGGCUGUUUUGCUGCAUUAUUUCGUUCUAACAUCACUAUCUUGGAUGUGUGUGGAGGCUAUCAACAUGUACCAACUGCUAGUUCACGUUUUUGCAUCAUCCGAAACACGCUUCAUGUUGAAGAGAUGUGUCUUUGCCUGGGGUACUCCUCUGAUAAUUGUGGUUCUUACUGCAUCAUUCAGAUUAAGUGCCUAUUUUGAAGGACUGCAACAUUGUAUGCUGUCACCACUUAAUUCAUGGAUAUAUUAUUGCGCAUUUUUAGCACCAUCUUGCCUUAUCCUUGCAGUGAACUUCACAGUCUUCGUACUGGUAUCCAGAGUAAUUUUCACUCCUAGAUUGACCACAAAAACAUCCAACAAUCCAAGUUCUCUAGUUACUGCUGCUCAAGUUCGUGGAGCAUUCACCGUCAUGAUUCUGCUUGGAGUCACAUGGGUCUUUGGUACAAUGGCAUUUGGGGAAAUGAAGCUAAUUUUCCAAUACGCUUUCUGCAUUUCAAAUUCAUUACAAGGCUUUUUGAUUUUCCUGGUUCGUUGCCUUCUUUAUCCCGAAGCCCGAAAUGCUUGGUUUUAUCUUUUCAAAACUGGUAAGUUUAAAAAGCAUCGAGGUGUUGUACCACCUGGCACGGUGAGCUUUUCGAACUCUCAAGUCUGUAAGAAUGCUGCGUCAUCAACAAGCCAAUCCUCAGCAAGAAAUGAUUUUAGCGAAGAUUCUCCAAAUAUUGCUUUGGAUUCAAGCCUCUUCAACAGGAAAGAAAAUGCCGAGAAUAAUGAAAAAGUCCAUCGUAAUGCACACAGAUUGCGAAGUGUAUCAAUGAACAGUUCUAAUCAACAAUUGCCUAGCCAUCAUUCCAAUCCCAGGGAAUCCAGAAUUUCAUUUCUGCAAAAGAACCAGAACAGUCCAAUCAAAAGAAGCGAGUCUGAUCAAUAUCCUUUUGAUUCUGCGUCAACGAGAAGAUCAGAAUACAAUGGCAGUGGAUCUACUGGGCCAGUAAAGGUUAUUUUCUCAAAUUACUUCAAUGAAGAUGGAACUUUCGGCGACAAAGAAUUUCACAAAGAUUUCCACUUAAGAAGUAAGAAAGGAAGUAAUUAUCUUCAUGAUAAAUUUGCCUGUCAGAAAAAUAAUCCCUUCGCUAUAAAACAGAGUUUCAGAGAAUUUGCGAAUUGCAAAAAGAGACGAAGUGCUUCUUUGGAUGUCCCUUCAGACUUGAAUGGAAAUCAGGAUGAUGCAUCAAACAUUUCUACUAUGGAAGGUUUGAAAUCCUUUUUCGUUAACAUGAAAUUACGCUCCUCUGAACAUGGCAACAAGGAUAAACGAAGUCUUUCCUUGGCCGCAACAACACCUAAUUCAAUGCCUCGAGCGUCUUUAAAAAUAGAAAAUGGAAUGGGUGUUAAAAAGGAGAAAUCCAGGCAUUACAUAGACUUUAAGAAGCGUAAUUCAGUUGUUUUUGAGAGAGAAGAAGAAAGUGAUGACGAGAACUCUGCUUCGACAGAUGUAGAAGAUAGCCCAACAUCAAGUGUGGGUUUUCAGCAUAGUCGAAGAGUCCAUCAAAAUUCUGUAAGAGAAAACAGUAUAAAAGAAAAUAAUUUGAAAAAAUGUUACCCUAAAAGAUUUCGAUCGGGGGAUGGUUUGAGUCCAAAACCCACACCUCCAUUUCUUCUUUCACAAAAAGAAAAUGGCGGGCAUUAAACAUUCUUCGUCAAUAUUGUUUUUCUCAAAACUUGAAGUGACAUAUACAAGAGAAAACGAGAAAGAUUCGUGGCUGGAUCUUAAAAUUCUCUCUUAGUAGAAUUCCAUAUAUAUCGAGAAGCUUUGGGAAAGAUUGUUUUUAAGAAGCUUUUGAAUUGUGGGUCAGUUGGAACCAAUUUGUUCCGAAAGAGGAAGGAGGAAUUUGUUGAGUACCAAUGUUUAUGCGCUUAGUUAAAUUGGUACUCAAGUAACUACUGAACACAUAAAAAUUGUUUUAAACUGCAUUUUAUAUAUGAAACUGUUGACUGCAUGGGAUUAAAUGCAAGUGCUUUUGUGCAGUUUGAAAAAUUACUAAGUUAAGUUUAAUCAACGUAUUUUUAUAGGUUAUGGAAGUACGAAUGUAUCAUCUCAUCAAUGCAUUUUACAAGUCUGUCGGGUUACAUUUUAACCAGGAGCAACAUAUGCUCACUCAUAUUGAGAGAACUCUUUGUACGCUGGGAUUGUAAAUAUUUCAGUGAAUCAUCAUUAUUAUCACUUAUAUGUCUUCAAAUCUGCUAUUGUAUUAUUCAUAU